AUGCCCCAUGAUUUACCGAUGCUAAACAGGAUACAUGAGGAGUUCAGUGGUACGGGUACAUCAGCGGUAGAUGCAUCAGCGGGUUUGCUCAGAGGCAGGCCAUAUGGAGGUGUGGCCAUUUUGUGGAGAAAUAAAGUGUUUAGAUCAGUUACGGUGAUAGACUGUGGAGAUGUGCGGUUAACGGCCGUGAAAGUGAAUUUAAUUGACAAAUCUGUGAUUGUGUUUAGUGUGUAUAUGCCAACGGAUUGCCUGGACAAUUUACCCGAGUUCACACAAUGUUUAGGUAAAAUUAGUUCUGUAAUGGAGGAGCAUAAUGAUACUCCUACUGUUUAUAUAUUGGGUGAUUUUAAUGCUCAUCCAAACGAACUGUUUUGUGACCAUUUAAUGGACUUCUGUCGAGACCAGCAGUGGUCAUGUGUGGACAUGACGAAGUUGGGUGAGUCAGACACGUAUACCUUUGUAAGCGAAGCCCAUGGUUGUGCGAGAUGGUUAGAUCAUUGCGUCGUAACUGAAUCAGGGCUACCGGCUAUUACUCGUGUGUGGGUGGAUUAUGACGUGCGGUGGUCUGACCAUUUCCCACUUAUACUAGAAUGUGAUUGGCAGCGUGUAGUAUGUAGGGAAAGGGUGACGCGUGCUCUGGGCCCUAACAAGGUGUUGUGGGGUGAGCGUACACCUGACCAGAUGCGGUGUUAUCACGAUAUAUGUCAGUCAGAACUCAAAUACAUUGAUUUUCCGUCUCAAUUAUCGCAGUGUUGCGACGAGCUGUGUUCAAUAUCAGAACAUAGGCGAUUACUUCGGGACAUGUACGUGAGGUUAGUUACCAUCUUGACGGAAGCUGCAGUGGCUACACACUCGCGGGCGAGACGGCGGAGGAGGGGUGGUGACAUUGCGGGAUGGAACAUGCAUGUUAAAGAUUAUUAUAAAGAUGCUAGGUUGAAAUUUUGUGCGUGGGCUGACGAAGGAAAAAAGAGGUAUGGUGAAAGGUAUGAGGAGAUGUGUGAGAGCAGGAAGGCAUUCAAGAAAAAGCUUAAAUGGUGUCAGGAUAGGCAAGAGCAAAUUAAGAUGGAUAACCUUGCUUCUCAUCAUGCUAAAAAAGAUUUCAAGCAAUUUUGGAAGCAAACAAGUAAACUUAGCUGUAGACCUGGCCUACCUGUGAGUAUAGAUGGUAUUAAUGAUCACAUGGAGAUAGCGAACCUUUUUAAGGAGUACUUUGAGAUAAAACCACACCAUGGUACUGUGAUCACAUCCAGUCAAUCCGUAGAGUGUGGGGCUGUCAACCAUCGGAGGUCGGUUCGGUUUACAGCUAAGGAAGUACGAGAGGUGAUAAGAGGAAUGGCUAGAGGCAAGUCUCCGGGGUAUGAUGGCCUCAGCAUUGAACACCUCAAAAAUGCUGGGGUUCAUCUGCCCCGCAUACUCUCCAUGUUUUAUAAUUUAUGUCUUUGUCAUGGUUACUUACCGGAGGAAUUAACUAAAACAAUUGUCGUACCAAUAGUAAAGAAUAAAACGGGGGAUAUAUCAGACAAAAACAAUUAUCGCCCCAUAUCACUGGCAACCGUAAUCGCGAAGGUGCUUGAUAGCCUGCUUAAUAAUAUUCUUGUGAGACACAUAAAGUUGCAUGAUGCCCAGUUCGGUUUUAGAGCUGGCCUUUCUACUGAGAGUGCCAUUGUGUGUCUUAAGCAGGCUGUCAGGUACUACACGGACAGGGGGACGCCGGUAUACGCGUGCUUCCUGGAUUUGUCAAAAGCUUUUGACUGUGUUAGAUAUGACAAAUUGUGGGGCAAACUGGCGAGUGCGGGUGUGCCGGUGGAAGUUACAGCGUUGCUGAAGGGCUGGUAUGGUUGUCAGAAAAAUCAGGUGAGGUGGGGAGAAGUCUUGUCGGAAGCUUAUGGCAUGGAGUGUGGUGUGAGACAGGGAGGACUCACCUCUCCUCUGCUGUUUAACCUGUACAUAAACGACUUGAUCGGCGAACUCAGUGAUACACAUACAGGGUGUCAUAUUGAUGACGUAUGUGUCAGUAAUUUAAGUUACGCGGACGAUAUGGUGUUGCUGGGGCCGUCGGUGGGAGCGAUUAGGAAGAUGCUGUUGCGGCUGCCUCGGUACUGCAGUGCUUCUGCUAUGUUUGCGGAGGCGCGCACUGAUGGCUUUCAUGCAAUUAUGCGGAAGAAAGUCGCUUCUAUUUUCAUGCGUGUGAGGGGCAGUAGCAACGGCAUCCUGAAGAUGAUUGCUUCACGUGCGGAUUGCCCAAUACAGCGGAGAUGGAUGGAUAUCGUGUUGGGGCUGUAG